GCAUCCUUACCCCGUCUGUCACCGAUUGUCGUCGCAGGCCACUUCCCCAACGUCACCAGCUUCCCUAUUUUCUGGCCAACGUCAUCAAAGGGCUGGAUCCUCCUUCUCCCUCUUUUGGCCAGUUCCAGUCUUUCGUGCUACAACUCCUCUGAUUGGAUCACCAAUCGCGGUCAGCUAUUACUCUUCCUCAAGCUCCUAUUAUCAAGAGGAUUCACGAGUUGAAGUUGAGACAUGUGGGAGCAGUUCAGUUGGCAAAACAGUGUUGCGUUGCGAUCUCUGCUAUGAGAACUACCGAGAUUGCCAUUUUUUUCCAAGAGAGAGACCUGCUGUAUCAUGCUACAACCAAGGGAAUUAGUGAAGUCGUGAAGUUCUGUAUUCGUACUUUCCCGGAGCUUAUUUGGAUCUCUCAUAGUGGUGAGAGGUUGGCGACACAUGCUGUGAAGUUUAGCCAAGAAAGGACUCUUAGAUUCUUUUUGAACGUAAAACCAACCAACCAACCAAUGAGUUGUCAUUAGUUCCAGCGCCUACACGGAAUGAAUCAAUGGCUAUGAUACUCGCAGUAGCAAAUUCAGUUGCUCAUUUGGACAUCUUAACUGAUGUUGCCGUAGCGGCUUUUCAAAUGCAAAGUGAACUCGAGUGGUUUAAGGCUGUGGAAUCGUGGAUUAUCCCUGAUGUAAGAACCUUCAUAAGUGACAGCAAAAAAUAUUGGAAAAUAUUUGUGAGUGAGCACGAAGAGUUGCGUAAGAAUGGAGAGAAGUGGAUGAAAGACACAGCAAAUUCAUGUAUGCUCGUCUCGACUUUAAUUGGCACUGUAUUGUUUGCUGCUGCUUUCACUAUGCCUGGAGACAAUAACGGCAUUACUGGAGUGCCCUUGUUGUUAGGACAGGACUCUCUCCUUCUUUUUGCAAUUUCGGAUGGUUUAGGUUUAUUCUCAUCCGUAACAGCCAUCUUGUUAUUCCUAGCCAUCUUAACUUCGCGAUAUGAGAUGCAAGAUUUUCUUGAAUCGUUGCCUAAGAGGAUCAUUUUUGGCCUUUGUUUUCUCUUCCUCUCCUUGGCUUUCAUGCUGGUGGCCUUUGCUGCAACUCUCACAAUUGUGCUUAAUAAGAGGCUGGAGUGGGUUGUCAUUCCAAUUACUUUGCUGGCCUCUCUCCCCGUGGCUUUAUUCGUAGUACUACAACUUCCCCUGCUAUUCCUAAUGUUUAAAUCCACUUAUGGACGCAGCAUCUUUCGUGCCGAGAGCAUUUGGAUGGAGUCAAAUAUACUGAAAUGAUCAGUGGUUAGUGAAUUUGAUUUGUGGGUGUAUGUCUUCAUUAUAGUUUCUUGUUUGUAGCAGGGCAGUGCACUACUGAAUGUAUUUCCUCUAAGUAUUUGAACAAUUACUAUGCAUUAUGUUUCUCUACCUUGUUACCAAAGAUCUAUUUAUAGAAUGAUUUGAUCAAUUCAAAA